AUGAAUGUACAUAUGCAGAUCCACGAGAUCUUCUUCAAGGGCUUCUCGCAGGAGAGCGUGAGCCAGGCCCAAGACUUGAUGCAGUCGAAGACCACGGAGAUCCGCAAAAUGACCAAGUCGCACUCAGAGCAAGCGUGGAAUGAGGCGAUGAAAACGUACGGCCAAUCCCUUGAUGAGCUUCCCGAGGUGAAGCAAAUCCUUUCCGACAACGCCGACAACUUCAUCGCUUUGGGGCAAGGUCACGGAGGCGUGGAAGAGGUUUUUGGGAAGAUCAAGGAGGCGGCCGACGGCGAUAUCACGAAAGACGAAGCGAAGAUGAGGGAGCUCGUUGAAUACGUCCGCGCGAAGGCUCAUGAGGCGGAGGAGCAGGGUGGGCGGCCGCCGGAGCGGGGAUGGGAGGGUCUUCGGACCUGGGUGCGAUCGAUGCCAGGAGGUGAGGAUGUGUUGAAGCGCGUUCCGGACGUGGAAGUCUUGGUGAAGCUGUCACGUGAGCAUGGGGAGGAUGCGAAGAAGUUGGCGCAAGAAACUUACGACGACGUGAUGAAAGUGCUCGAAGAGAAGUCGAGAAAAGCUGAGGAUCUGAGCCGGAAGGCGAAGGACGAUUUUAAGGACAAAACGUGA